GAGACCAGGAACUGUGCCUGAAACCGCGAAACCGAAUAAAGUUCUGAUUUACAGUUCAUUUAACUAAAGUAUAAUAUACCGGGGUUUUAAAAAGUGUUGGAUAGCGCAAACGCUUAAGUACAGUUCACAUACAAUGUUGGUUAUUACCGACUUUUUUGGAGGUUCACGAUAGCCCCGCCCUUGUUGUGUCCUGAUUGGUAGACGGACUGAUGAGUUUGUGCCCCGAUUGGGUUCUGUCGGUUGUCUGUCACAGUAUUUGGCGCAAAGACGCGCCCCUGAGUUUCCGUUGUAAAUACAGACUGCAGCCUGGGAACGUGGACUUGAGUGGAAGAAAAUAGUUUUACAAGUGUCAUGGCAGAGUGGACCACCUACUAUCAGAAUGAAGAUGAGGUUGAGGGUGAAGAAGGGGAGGAGGGUGAAGCGGAUGUCCGGUACUCCGGCCGGGACAGUCUGAUCUUCCUGGUCGAUGCGUCUCAAUCGAUGUUCGAACGCGGGGAGGACGAUGAGAUGAGCCCCUUUGACAUGACUCUGCAGUGCAUUCGCAGUGUGUACACCAGCAAGAUCAUCAGCAGUGACAGAGACCUGCUGGCCUUGGUGUUCUUUGGGACAGCCGAGCACAAGAACUCCGUCCCCUUCAAGCAUGUCUACGUGUACCACGAUCUGGACACUCCAGGAGCCCGUCGUGUGUUAGACCUGCACAGUUUCCAGGGAGAGAAGGGGCAGACCCUGUUCCAGGAGACGCUGGGCUGCAGCGCCGACUUCUCCCUGCAGGAGGCGCUGUGGGUGUGCUCCAACCUGUUCAGCGACGUGAAGACGAGGCUGAGCCACAAACGGGUCAUGCUGUUCACCAAUCAGGACAACCCUCACGCGGAGGACAGCGGCAAGGCCAGGCUGGCACGCAGCAAGGCCAGCGACCUCCGAGACACCGGCGUGGUUCUGGACCUCAUGAACCUGCCGAAGCCGGGCGGGUUCGAUGUCUCGCUCUUCUACCGUGACAUCAUCACCGUGGACGAGGACGAGGGCGACCUGGGCCUGCAGCAGGGGGCUUCUGAGAAACUGGAAGACCUGCAAAGGAGGGUGCGGGCCAGGGAGAUGAAGAAGAGAGCGCAGGCCAGGCUGUCCCUGACUCUGGGGGAUGGGGUCUCCCUGGCAGUUGGGGUGUAUGUUCUGGUCCGCAGCGCCACCAAGCCCUACCCUGUCAGGCUGUACCGAGAGUCCAACGAGCAGGUCAAGACCAAGACUCGCUGGUUCCACGCGGAGACCGGAAGCCUGCUGCUGCCCAGCGACACCAAGAAAGCGCAGACCUACGGGAGCAAGCAGAUCGUGCUGGAGAAGGAGGAGACGGAGGAGGUAAAGAAGUUCGACGAGCCGGGGCUGGUUCUGAUCGGGUUCAAACCCCUGGAGCGGCUCGAGAGGCACCAUCACCUGAGACCGGCCCAUUUCAUCUACCCCGAGGAGAGCCAGGUCACAGGCAGCUCUAAGCUCUUCACUGCUCUGUUGAUGAGGUGUUUGGAGAGGAAGGUGUUUGCCCUGUGCCGGUACACCCCCCGCAGGAACACCCCUCCUCGAUUUGCAGCCCUGGUUGCUCAGUCAGAGGAGCUCGACAAGAACAGAGUACAGCUCAGCCCUCCAGGUUUCCAUGUGAUCUUCCUGCCCUACGCUGAUGAUAUCCGCUCCCUGGAUUACCCUGAAAAGACGUCCGCCAAACCAGAGCAGAUCGACAAGAUGAAGGAGAUUGUGCACAAACUGCGCUUCAAAUACCAGAGCGAGGCCUUUGAGAAUCCUGUGAUCCAGCAGCACUAUCGAAACCUGGAGGCGCUGGCCCUGGACCUGCUGGAGCCCGAGCAGAUAGAGGACCUCACCUUGCCGAAAGCAGAGAUGAUGGACCGCAGACUGGGUUCACUGGUUUCUCAGUUCAAGGAGCUGGUCUAUCCACCAGGCUACAAUCCCGAGGGCAAGGGAGCCCAAGUGAAACGCAAGUCUGCAGGGGACAGCGGUGGCGGCGGCGCUGAAAAGAAGCCUUGCGCGGAGGUUCCGGAGGAGGAGCUGCGGGCCCACGUGAAGAACGGCACCCUGGGAAAGCUGACCGUGCCGCUGCUGAAGGAAGCUUGCAAGCAGCUGGGCAUGCGGGUCACUGGCACCAAGAAACAAGAGCUGAUUGACACCCUCACAGCACACUUCAACAGAUGAACCAGCCACGCUGCCAACCAGCAACCCGCCAUACAGGAACCCCCCCAGCAAGAGACCGCCGCACCCCCUCUUUAAAGAUCUACAGUGGACUCUCUAUUCCAAACCAGAACUGGGGAGGUCCAGUUGCAACUGUACUUGUGUCAUUUGUAAUUGUAAUUACAAUGUCAUUGUAAUUGAACCUUGGCACAAUUGUAAUGAUCAUGUAAUGAAUCAUUUCCAGUUCAAUUACAAGCCUUUCCAAGCUCAGUCAUUCUCCUUUCCAUGUUGGGUUUUUCCGUUGAGUGAACAUUCGUAUUUUCAACCCCUGUUUGUUUGAGUAAGCGUUCCGUAGCGUGUUUCUGUAUUUGUACCUGUGAUGAUUACCGCUUGCUAGAAUAAACAGAGUAAACAUGUUAA